AACGGGAUACUAUUUAUAAUACCCGCUUACUGCCUCAGGUUAUUUUUUAAUCAGUAGUAGCUCUAAUGGUUCCUGAACUUCGGGUACUCAGUCUGAAAAUCAUCCUACAGAAUAUUAACGAGUACACCCCUUUGUCCAAACUCAACUCAAGGGACUUAGGAGAAGUUUGUGAAGCCCUUCCAUUAGAUCUGCUUCUUUCGACAGCCUUGGCUCUGCCCUUAGAUGAUUCCUACUGGAAGAGAAGGACCCUGGCUCAUUAUCCUCCGCCAAAUUUGCGUUUAAAAAUACGACAGCAGAACCAGCGAAAAAGGACAGUAAGAGAAAGGGGGGGCGACGGAGAAUCCGAAGGGAAGGAUGACAGCAAAGGAGAGACGGAAGGAGGAGAAACCCCUGGAGGAGGGAGCCGAGUAGGAAGCAGUGCCAGCAAGAGGCACACGCCGACGAAGACGGCGUCAUCCAACCCGUAUGCUGCUCUUGCUGCCGGUCUACCCCCAAUUAAUGUCAUCAGAUGUGAAGACCAGUGGCAGAGAGCUUAUCUUGAGGCCCAUCUCGCCCAAGCAAUCAGUGCCACAUCAGAUAACAAGAGAGGUUGGCGGCUUCUGGCACCUCUGCUGAAGCUAUGCGAACCCCAUGUGAGGUACUUACACCUGUCCACACUUGCACCCGCCACUCCAAGCAAGGAGGCCAGAAGAAACAGCGCUAAUGAGGAGCAAGGAAGUCUUGAACAUCUAAAUAUGUAUGACGUCAUCACGGCUCUGUCAAAUCUUGAGGGAUUAAGUAUACGUUAUCAAACAGUUUUGGACGGAGGCGAACUCUGCUGGGGGGACCAUGGCAUCUCUGUACAAGACGCUUCUUUCUUGUCCAUGGCUGUCUUGUCAAGCAAAAUUACUCGUCUUACCGUGUACGAAAGUUGCCUGGACGACGACCGCGCAGACGUGUUGCUAAGAAAUCUGAAAAGUCACAAGAUUCUCAAGGAAUUGGACCUCCAGAGUAAUUUCAUCUCCUGUGCUGCUGUUCCGAUCUUGUGUGACUUGAUAGCGUCCACCUCCCUGGAGUCACUGUGUCUUCUUCAUAACAAGAUAGGUAGCAAAGGUGCCAAGCUACUGGGGGAGGCACUAGCGGAGGCUCCUCCAUUGAGAGCUCUAGCCAUUGACCUUAAUCCACUCCUGAGCGAAGGAGGCGUAGCUAUUCUUGACGGAGCGGCCAAGGGAGGCCAGCUCCACGUCUUGUCGAUGGCUGGCUGCCGUCUCAUGGACGAAUGUUGGCACUAUGUUGCCCAGGCACUUACGUCAGUGCCCCUGCUUCAGUAUAUUUGCUUGGCGUCCAACCCUUUUCAGCAGAAACCUCCGGAGAGCGUGGUAUUAGCAGCUAACAACGUUUCGAAAAGAGGCCGCGUCCUGCUAACUAACCUGGAUGGAAAGACGUAUCUCUUAGGGCACGUCGAAGAAGGCCGCACUUUACCUAGUCCUCUGCUGAAUUUAAGGAAUAAUUUGGCUACACCUCUCACUCCUGAAGCAGCCGACGAAGACAUUCAACAUUACCUUCCUCUUCAUGGAAUUUAUCUCAAUCCUGAGGAUUUCAUGAUUGAGGAGGAGCUGGAGGGCCUUUGUCUCUUCUCCAAGAACCUAAAUCCGGGGCAGUAGAAGGAAUUGUUUGGUUAUGUGCAACAGAUGGUCGGCCAUUUAAUCGCAAGCAAUGAUGCAAGAUUGUUGGCCAUCGGUAAAGUGAAAAGGUGUUGUCAAUGGAGGGAGGGUUUAACCACUAAACUAAAACCAGGAGGAGAUUCUAGUGGCAACGAAGAGCAAAACAUAUGCUACAUGUGCAGAGAAGAAUGCUUUAUACGCAACAGAGGGAGGUAUGAGGUCUUGGUCACAAGUAACAGGCAGAGAAGGUUUUGGUCAUUCAUAAGUAAUAAGAGAAAGAAACCCAAGCCAUAAAUUGUAGACUUAAUAGAUUUUAGCCUAAAACAAGAAAGGACGAAAGAUUAACUCUAGCAAAAACAACAGAGGCAGAAGGUCUUGGCCAUAAGUAUUAGAGGGACAAGAUUUUAGCUCCAAGCAGAAAUAUGAAUGACGGGUCUGACCAAGGCGAUAGCCAAAAGAUUUUGUCCGUAAGUAAGAGGGAUGGGAAUGUGGCCACAAACAACAGAGUAAGAAGGUUUUGAUCAAAGACAAUAUAGGAAGAAGGUUUCUUACAUGUAACAGAGAGCAAGAGAAGAUUUUGGUCUUCAGUAACAGGAGAAAGAACCUAUAGUUGUCAACAUAAAAUUUGAACUUCAAUAAUUACAGGGAGGUUUCAUUAACAAGCAAUGGAGACAAGAAUUUGGUCACUAACAACAAGGAAGAAAGAACUGACCUGUUAAAAAAGGUUUUGAAAGGGCGAAUGCAAACAAAGGCUAUAGAAUCAGAAGGUUUUGACCUUAAGAUAAAGAGGGAAAAUGUUUUUGUUACAAGGUAUAGAGAUAGUAGGUAUUGGUCACAAACAAAAAAGAAAAAUAUAUUAAAUAUAUUAGGCUUUGAUAGGCAAUGGCCACAAACGUUGAAGGGAAGUAUUUGUAAAUAAAUAGGCAGUUAACUUCAAAAUGACUAGGACAGGCUGUGAUUACUAGAAGCUCCAUGCAGCAGAGAUCGUGUUUCUAGAUAACGUGUUUAAACAAG